AGCAUCGCUUGCUUGUCAAUGGACUGUAUCAACAUGGCAGUUUUCUGAGUUUGGGAAGAGGGAACCUAGAGUUAAUAAACAGAAUUUUCGGUUCGUCACGAAGCGAAAACGUUUAGCUGUUUGUGUCCACAGCUGGUUGGACCGUAGAGGAAAGAUGUCCAGUGAGGGAAACAAAAAGCAGUUUUGGAAAAGAAACGCCGCGAAGGUUCCCGGCAGGUGAGUGACGUGUUACCUGCUGUCGGCUAGCUUAGCGGAACUAGCCUUACUCCUUAAACGCUGCUCUGUCGGACAAGACCUCCACUUUUAGCUUUACUGACGAGCUUUUAAUGACUGCAGACUUUCUGUCUUUUUCUCUGUAAACUGCUCGUGUGUGUGGUGAGCGUCUCUGUCCGAGUAGACACGGCUUACUCUCUCCUUCUGUUAGCCAGGCUGCUUUGGUGUUAGCGGCUAACAGAUGAGACCACAACAACAACAACAACAACACAAUCUGAGGAGUUUGUUGGUUUUUACUCUCCAAACACACACAUGUCGAUGAAUUAGGAGCCCGGCAGUAGCUCCAAGUGGUUUUGUUUUCCCACGGUUCAAGUGCUGUGAUACAAACUGGUAUCAUCUGUCGUAGAGAAGUUGCUAGCCUACCUAGCUGCAGAGACAGUUUGAUUAUGAGCUUCAUCUUGGUUUUUCCUCUUCCUCUUCUCCAGCAUACAGCAUGUUUACGGAGCACAACAUCCACCUUUCGACCCUCUUCUUCAUGCUAAGUGAGUACAGUGUGCCUUUCCUUCAGAAAUCAUAUCUGAGCCUGUUUGUGGUGCUGGACAAAUCUGAUCUGAUGGUGUUUUUUCUGAUCUAGUUUUCAUGCUGACCCUCUGUUCUCCUGUUGUUGAGCUUUAAAGUCUAAAGUUGAUAUUCAUUCAGCAUUUCAUCGAUAGCUCCUUUUUGCUCAGACUACCAAAAGUGAUCGACAACUUAUUACAUUUAUAGUUACAUCCCAACUAGUAGCUUGUAAAUGUUUGUGGAUGAUGAAGACAUCGAGCUUUUAUUCAGUAAUUAAUUUUGAUUUGUCUUUUUAAAUGUUUGCUCAGACAUUCAGAAUCGCCUUUUACCUGUAAGAUAUUAUUUAAAUAAGAAAAUGUUGCUAAUGUCUUGGAUGUAGGAAUUGUUGGAUCUUGUUACCCUCCAUUCCCCUACUCCUCCUACUCCCUUUCUCCACAGUGCACCAUACAGUACAGUUGUCUUAUUUGAUGUACCUAUUCAGGCUUAAUCACAAGGUACCAUCUCAUUUAAACAUGCAUUCGUCAUGAGACAAUUACAUGUAUGAGUGUGAAUGCACCAAAGACAGUCAUUGGGAUUUGAUUGUUCAGACCUUGUACAGAAGUGCUGUGUAUCUGCAUCGUCCCCUCUGCCCUACUGCAGAAGUGCCAAGUCCCUCCAGCAUGACAAAUGUAUAAGACUGAGAAACAGACUAUAUAUGUGUUGUAAUUUCCAGAUUUCUUUUAAAUUUGUUGUACAAUAUAUCAUUGGUAAUCAUAGAAAUGUUAUGUUCCUUCAUCAUCUGUAUCACUCUUUAAACUCCCAUAAACAAGCUCCAGCCCUCAAGAUGAGGUAACAAGUGCAAUAUUACCAACGUUACUGCUGCUGUGUUGAUUUUUAUCUCCUCCACAUAUAUAUUUUAAUUUUGGAUAAUUCUCUUGAGUAUUUAUCUUUCUAUUUUAUUCUUAUACAUACAUUUUAUUUAACUGUUCUGUAGAAUUCUUGUCUUGUGUAUCUAUAUAGUACCUUCUUUUUUACAACUAUUUGUACUUUUACUACCUAUUUUUUUUUUUUAUUUGUCUAUUGCACUGGAAAAGGAGAAGGUCUCCAAUCUCGUACUUUUAGUAUGAUGACAAUAAAGGACAUUCUGAUUCUGAUUCUUCUGAUUCUAAGCAUAUAAAAACAUAUUUUAUUCUUUUAAAGUGCAGUGUACACAACAAUAUGGAAGGUGUAGUAUCAACUUAGUUAGGAACAGUGCAUUUUUGUUUUCAAUCAUAUGCAGACUGAUCCCAUCCAUAUACUAGAAAAGAGUGUGCAAAUGGAAAAGGGGAGGAUGUGAUCCCUUAGUGAUUAAUCAUGAGUAAGUAGUGUGGGACUAAAAAGAGAGGUCCCUUUUUAUAGGGGAAUUUUUGCAACCCUGUUUCCUUCUCUUUCUUUAACAUCCUGCCCCAUUCCUCCUUAGAAUUACUUUGACCUCAUCCACUUUCUUCUGUCUGUUUUAUUUUAAUGUCUUUGUGUUUUCCCUCAAGUUUGAUUAAAGCAGGGAACAAGCCUCCUCCAGCUACACCAAACAAACCCAAGAAAGCUACCACCUUCCAGGAGUUUGAGAGCAUUACGAGUGAUGCAUGGGACGUUGGGGACGAUGAUGAUGAGUUGCUGGCCAUGGCUGCACAGAACCUUAAUAUCAAGGUGGUCAUGGAAACUGCUAAUCAGGUAAACAACCAGAUGCUGUGAUCUAUCAUAUAACAUUCACAUUUCUCAGUUCCUAAGUGACAAGAGCUCCACACUCUAUCAAAUCAUAUUUUAUAUUUCACACCGACUCACUCCAUCAACCUCAGCAGCUAACUCACAAAAUCUACAAUUGCUCCAGACCAUGAGUAGAGUUUGUGUAAGUGAAGAAUGCAGUGAAAUGUUGUUCGUUAUUAUCAGAAAUCACUAUUUGAAUUCACAUCCUGAUCUGCUAUUUUUACCUUAAACUGAUUCCUAUGAAACACGUAAUUCAAUCGUGAUCAAAAAAUUUGAUACAUAACACAUUAAGCAAAAUUAUUUAAGAAAUAAGCAGAGUUAAGAUAGGGUCAGAUAGGGUUAAAAAUACAGAAUUGGUUGUUUUGUACAUCUGUUACGUGUCAAAUUAACAUUAAAUCAAAUAACAUUAUUAUUAAAAUAUUGAUUACUUAGCUCUGUGACCUGGUGGGGCACACAGCAGCUCAAAUGGGACUGGUUUGGAUCAUGGAGCUGUGAGAGAUGGCUGGUCCAUUAGUAAGACUAUGACCUGUUUACAUCCUCACAUGUUUUUGGAGCCCUCAGGCGAAAGAUGAAGAAAAAAAGCCUUGUGCAGAUUCGUGCAUAUGCAGUCACAUGGAUUGUUAUACACACUUACAGAUUUGCAUGUAAUUAUUUUUAUUUAUCGUGGCACCUCAGGGAUCUACACAUGUAUUAACAAGAGUGUAACCAAUCCAUAGGAGACAGGGUUACCCUCUGAAGCUGAGGCUUUAGACUCCUUUGACCCUCCACACACACAGCAGGAGCCGCCUUUAUGAAACCCAAUACAGACUGCUAUUAGGGAUGUUAUACAUGCUCAGACUGUUGUAGCACCAACAGUGAUUUGAACGAGAGUGUCACUCCACCACUCACAGGAGAAAAUGAAAUGUCAGUUUUUGGGAAAGUGAUGGCUGCACAGCCUUGAUGGAAGAUUGCAGUCUGGUAGGCCCAAUUCAUGCAAGCGCUGGAGCAAAAUUGUCGUGUUACGUCUGGAGGUGCUGCAGCAGCUGCGUACUUGACACUGCUGACUCAUAUUGAACUGAAGCAAACAAACAGCAAAACUAACUGAUGCAAAGUCAAACAACAGUUUCCAGGAAACUAUUAACUGAAUAAUCCACCCUAACAGAACAAUCCAACUAUUAAAUCACUAGAAUUACUGUUAUCAAUCUGCUGUACUCUCUCAUACCGUCAGAGUCCUCCUGGUUUGUUGAGUUGGAUGAUGUAAGUCUUAUAGAGUCACUGACGGAUGAACUGCCUUAAGGUUUUUCAUGUUGUUAUACAAUUAUAUACACAGGUUGCAUAGGUGAACAUUUUUACAGAUUGAAUUUAAAUCAGUCAGAUUUCAUUUAAACUCCUCUUACAGCUCAUCAACGACCCUGUUUGUGCUUGUUUGAGCAGGUGAUUGAAAAUCACAGCAAGCAGCAGGAGAGACAGAGACUGGAUGACACAACAGAGCUGGAACACAGAGAAGAGGACACUCAGGAAGAAGUUGUGGCUGAGGAGGAAGAGGAGGCUGAGUUGGAAGAGGAGGAGGAGGAUGAGGAAGAAGAGGAAGGAAAUAGACUGGAGGAAGGAUAUGUAACCAGUCCAGAGGGGCCGUUCGCCUCCCAGAUCGGCCCCUGCACUGAUAGUCUCCUGGUGAAGUCCCACAGUGAAGCUCCCAUUGGGUCACCUAGAGGUUAGUGAAUACCACUGCUCAGUUUUCAAAUAGUUUUCUUGCUUCCUUGUGUACAAAAUACUUCAGUGUUGUUGUGUAUUUUCUGUGACAGACAGUUUCACAAAAUACUUUGAAUGACACAGUUGAAGCCCUCAGUAGAUGACAGAAAGCUUUUCCAUGGACCAAUCACCUGUCCAUAAAUUUAAUCUGUGUCUACAUAAUAAUUAGGUUUUAAUCAGGUCUUAAGGACCCACAAGAUAAAGUAAUGUUUAUUUUCCAUUGCUUUCCUCUUAGCAUUAUGACUGUUGCAUUUUAAUUUAUUAAUCAAGGGUCCGUGCUUGGACAGACCCUUUCAGGGUUCGUGUUUGUUAUUGUUUGCUUUAGACCAGGACCAAAAUGCUUUUGUUUUUGUUAAAACCUGCACAUGAAAAUUUAGGGUUACUUUUAGAAGGGUUUCCCUUAGGGUAAGAGAAAGUGAUAUUUCAUCUUUCAUCAUCAAAAAGGGACUUGUUGUAAUGGGACGAGGGUUCUUAAAACAGUCCAAAUGUUGAUGUUCUGGUAAUAUGCUCCUUCUACGUGGUGAGAUUUGAUUAGGCUAUGAAUAAUGACAUUAUCAUCAUUCAACCACAGUAUCAUAUAAAUGCUGACAAAAGAAAUCCAUAACAGUGUAUUUCAGACAGCACAUUGUUGACCAUCACAAUCCCUAAAUGCAUAAUACAGCAUUGUAACCAAAGGCUUCAACAGCACCUUCUGUUGACGGGCUGCAGUAAAGGUCAUAAAUCCCACCUCCUCCAGCUGUCCUUAUGGAGCUGUGGACAAACUGUAGAAAUUUAUUUCACAGAAUAUACAUUUUUCUCCCCCCUGUUGCAAUAUUGACAUGUAGUUAUUGUAAGACUGGUUUGUGCUCACGUCCUUUUUUUUUCUGUGCAGCUCCAUUUUUAAAAGUUAUUAGGGGGUUUGUGUUUUCUAUGAUUGACACUUGAUACAACCAAUGGGCAUACGAAGAUUGUGCAGCUCUCCGGGGGGUAUGUUGUUUGAGCCGAGUGUCAUCACUGGGACUCUCCUGCCUAAUGCGUACAUUGCUACUGUGCAAGUAGUGGAUUGCGUGAUGUUGGUCGGAAAUACCGAAGGCUUUUCGGCUUCAAAUCUGUAUACUGACGAAAAGCCGGAACCAAGUUGUCCAUAGUAUAUAUAGUCUAUGAUUGUGACAGAUUAAUACAUAACUUUCUGCUGAUAAUAAAAGUCAGAGACAGGGUUACACACCAUUGUUGAAAAUAAAAUCAUAAUUGCAUGAAACAAAACAUUUUGGCGAUAAUGAAGCCAUGAAAGCAGAAGUCUGCCUUUUUUUCUCUGUCAGGUUUUCCUUCCUCUUUAAGAGUUUAAGUUUUCAGUGGAGCAACAAUGAACUUCACUCUGAGCAAUUUUGAACACUCCUGCUGCACAGUGGAUUUGAGGUUUGGCUCUGCUCUGCAAACAAAGAUCCAAAAGCAGUGAAAUAAAUGUGAUGAAUAUGUGCUCUUACUGCUAACCAAGUGAUCACCCACUCAAUGACAGCAGAUGUGCCCCUGGCAUUUACUUUUACUCCUCAAGGUCGAGGAGCACUGCACUCUACCUUAGUAAUGGGGUCUCCUGAGGUGCACAUGGGGACUGACAUCAGCAGAUCUUCCUCUCCUUCUGUUGUUGUUUUAUGUUAUUUAGGUGGCUAUUGUUGUAUUGUUGUAAGUUACACACCAAAAAAUGUUUAAACUCCUGACGGAGGAGGUGCAUACAGGCCCGAUUUUUAACGAUUUCACUUGAACCACCACCAAAGUCAAAAACAUGUCAUAUAGGACAGCGAGGUUAGAGUGACAAAAUCAAUCAAAUAUUUUUUGCUUUCUUUCUAGGAGUUGUAACUGAUGAAAAAUACUUAUUGAAGCAAAUUAUCAAUUAUCGAUUCCUGUAAAUAUUGUUGUCAUUAAACUUAAGAAUAUAUAUGUGCACACAGUUAUGAUGACAUGGUUUGAAAGCCAUUCUCAAGUUGAAUCUUUUUAUAGGAAGAGGACAAGAGAGAGUCUGAAGAUGCUGUCAGAGACGGUCUGCUGCCUGUAAGAUCCUCCAGCAAGUCUGGUUUGGCAGUGGGUCAGUGAUGGCCUGUCUUUAGAGCGCGGCACAGAUUUCUAUAUGCUACUCAUAAGCACCCUGGCUGGUGUUGUGUACCAGGAUGAGAUCCUCAGACCAUAUGGUGGUGGUGCAGUGGGCCAGAGGUUCCUUCUGGUGCAUGACUGUGCCCAGUUUCAUGUGGAUGGAGAGUGUCAACAGUUCCUCGAUAGAAUAGAAUAGAAUAGAAUAGAAUAGAAUAAAUUUUUAUUGUCCACCGAGGUGGAAAAUAGUCUUUGGCACACCAGCACAGGAGACAGAAAGCACUAAAAUACUAACAUUGUCAUACAUAAAGACAUAUAAUGGACACAAUUAAUACAACAGAGGCAAAAUUGGAUCUAGUAAAGUAAGUAAAUAUAGAGGUAGAGCAGUUCAGGUCAUAUGAGGGGAUUAGUCACUUUGUCGGAUUCAAAAUGGCAAUGGCUUUUGGCAUAAUGGAUUUUUUUUGAAGGACUUUUUUAGAGGAGCUGAUGAUGAGUUUGUUCUUAAAAAGUUACAUCAUCUCAUCAAUAAAUAUUUCAACAGGAACAUUUUCAUUCAUCUAGAUCUAGGAUGUGUGAUUUAAGUGUUUUCAUUAUUUUCUUGAAUAGUUUCCUAAACUAGCAGGAAGAGCUGAGUUAAAUUUGACUCAUUUCUUCUUUGUUGGAAAGGAAAGUUUGGAAAGCACACUUUCUAAUCUACAAACCUCCAGAAACAAACCAGAACAUUAACAGCACACUGUUGAGACCUAAUAAAAUCCUGGUUUGAGUGUGUGUGCUCAUUUGAACCAUUUAAGUCACUUUCACUCGUAGCCUUAUAAGUUUCAUAAUCAGCAUAGGAAGAUAACACGCCCAUUAGAUCUUGUGCGUAUGUCUGUUAAACCCUUUACUUUGUCUGAUUGUCCUUGCUUCUCCACAGAUGCAGCAGGAGAGCACGCAGCCCUUUACAGACAACAAUCUUUGCCCCACCGGCCGCCUGUCAUCCCACUUGUCGCUCGCAUGGCUGAUCAGAACACAUCUGGCACCCCAGCCUUAACUGAGAGGGAAGCAUCCCGUUUGGAUAAGUUCAAACAGUUGUUGGCUGGGCCCAACACGGAUCUGGGUGAGGGAUACUCGUCUGAGAGUUUGUAGUUAUCAGUGUUUAAAUGCAGACAAUUUCCCUCUUAACAUUUCCACUAUAACUUAAUUAUCCUUUUGCUUCUUUGCAUCCUGAGCUUGAGCCCUCUGUCAGCCAGCUGCGCUGCUCUUUUAACGGUGUUGAGUGUUGGCAAGUCAUCCAGCCAUCUGGGUGUGCAGAUUACUUGGGAAAGAAUUACACCAACAACAAAAACAAAUGACUUGCCUUGUUGUAAUCAAAUGACAGAACUUUAAUCAUCUGAAUGGCCACAGUACUACAGAGUGAUUUUUGGUGAAAAACAUGCAUCCUGUCUUGAACGGCAGAAGCUGGCAUGGAACAGAAAGUUAUUUUUACGAGUCAUCUUUUUGAAAAAGGACUGUACAGACCAGAAAAAUGAGGAAAAGAUGUCAAGACAUUUUAAGGAUAAAUUGAUGUUUGUGGAGGAAAAAUUUUGGUUUCAAGAUCAAUUUUUCAGUGAAUUUUGGUCCAAAAAUUGUUGUUUACUCUUUGCUGAAGAUUCCAUCCCAUAGACUUCGAUGUAGAAUUUCAGAAAAGGCUAAAAAUUGCACGGUUCGCCUUAAGCGGCUCCUUUUCUGUAUGUCAAUUCCUGCUCUUUCUCCGUGUUUUCUGUCCACUAACCUGUACUCUCCUGCUUCCUCCGACAAGCUGUAGAUUUUACGAUAUCCUUGCAUGUUUUGUUAAGUGGCUGGCUCAAGUUUUUUUCUGAAUUCUCAGCUCUUACAACAUUAGGGUUAAAUGAACGUCACAGACUUGCUCUCUGUUAUCUUCCAGGUUCUUAGCUGUGAUAACUUAAAGCAGAUACUUACUUUUCAUAGUAAUACUAUUGACCGUGUAUGAAACUCCCCUUUUUUGUUGUAAUGCAUUACCUUUAACAUGUCAAAUCUAUAGUUUGUUUGGCCUAUUUCUGUCAUGACUGGCAACUUUGAAUUCUGAACUUUGGGGACCUGCAGGUUUAUCCUGCCGUCAUGUAGUCUGCCAGAUUGGAAGUCCAAAAAAUGUCAAUGUUUUAUAUAAAAAUUUGAUGCUGGUCACACCUUGGAAAACAGUUGAAGCAAUGGCAGACCAAUUAAGCACUAGGAGUCUUCUACUGUGGUUCCAUGCAGUUUUAGUAUGUGUAAAAGGUAGUGUGGCAUCUUCUCCCCAUGUUAUGCAGGGUCCUCCCUGAAACAGGCAUUGUCUGGAUGGCAUCAUAUGUUGCUCCAAAUAUAUCUCAUCUCUUUCAGCAUAAAUGGUACCUCUUACCUAACUAGCCACAGGCACUUCUGCAUCCCAAUACCAAUAGGGAUUCUGGUCUUUGAACAGUGAGCUGAUGAGACAAGCUGUGCGAUCUAUCCUGUCUAGAAAGGGGUGGAUGUGAAGAUUUAUCCGUCUUAUUUGGAAUUUUAAGUCCCCAGGGAAGUUUUACACCCUGAGGUAUGAAUAAAAUAGCACGAUCUGGCUGUAAUUUUUCCCUGGGCCACAACUCAUUUAAAAUGGACCUUUUGAAUGGUUCAGUUUCAAUCUCAAUUUGUGGACGCAGUAACAAACUGUGUUCAGAGACAUUGGUUUUAGAAUGGGAUUUUGAGCUCACACAGUGAUUUCCAACAAUAACGUGUGUUUUUGACGCAGUGCCACCUGAGGGCUUGAGGACCACAGCCGUCUAGUAUCAGUUACUGGCUUUGUCUUUUUUUUUUUUUUUUUUUAUUCUUCAGACCCUUCAAGCUUUUUUCUGAUCUUAUGUCGCAGAAUUGAUGGUAAAAUUUCAUAUUCAGGAACAUAUUCUGGAAUUGCUGAACUGUUUCCUCAUUCAGUCGCUCACGUAGUUGUGAACCCCAUCACUCCUUCUGACAGACCCAAUCUCUCUGAAGUGCCCUUUUUAUACCCAGUCCUGUUACUAACCUGUUGCAUAUUAAUGUAGGUCAUUUGGAGAGGUUCCCCCCAGGUGUUGAAGGUUUCACAUAUUUUUCAGUUUUUUUGUUGACCUUGCCCCCAACUGUUUUUAAAUGGGUUGCCGGGAUCAAAAUUAAAAUGAGCAUGUGUUCUUCAGAAAACAAUUUAAAAACUCCUUCAGGAGACAAAGAGAUUGCUGCUGAAAUGAGUAAAGCAGAAAACUUCUGUUUCUGGUAUUCAAUUAUUUAACAACUGAAGAAUGAGGAGAGCCUGAAUGAGACUUCAAUGAGUCCUUCUGUACUCUGAAGCUAAUACAGAAAUGUCUGUUUUCAUAGAAAUCAAAUCAAGUACAGUUAUGUAGUAUUCAAAUACAGAUCAUUACUGCUUUGGCACAGUGGUAGAGUUCUUAGUCUCUCAACCAGGGGUGCAAUCCCACCAGUGGCGAUUGCUCUAAGACUGCAAGGGAAGCUCAGCUUCCCUUAAAAUGUCACCCCCCCAAAAAAAAGAAAGUGGUGAAGUACGUACUGCUGUGUGUACAUUUCAUUAACUAAAUACGCGCUAGAAAGCCUUCAUCUUUUGUUCAGAAUCAGCUUCUUAUCACACUGUGAUAAGAAGCUGAUUCUACACAACUUCGUUCUCAUUCAUCCUCGCAGCGCCUCAGCGCUUCACACAGCCGGACGCUCAGCGUCUGCUGACUUCAAUGUGGAAGCUCAAAGUGGGUUGUUCCAGCAGCGAAACUAGACGCUCAUUGGAUAAAUGCUGGGCUUUGUCCCGCCCAUCGGACGCUCAGCGUCUCUGGAGUUCUAUGACGAGAGGGCGGUCCCAACUUUCUCGCGGACGCUGAGCUUCUGCAUCCAUGAUUGGAUGAGCUGUCUGAGGCGAAAUCCUUUUUUGAUUGACAGCUAAACAAGCGAAUCAGCGAUCUUGAAGAAUAAAACAUCUACCAGAGCAUUUUCCAAGUUAUUCAUUCCGUUGUUCUUAACUGCUCCGGAGACUUUACCGAUCCUCAGCGACUUUUGUCUUUGUUAAAAACGACUGCCGUUGUGUUUGGCGACUCUGUUCUGUUACAUACAAAUAAACAAACACAAUUAUGAUGUAGGCCAGAAAAAUGAGCUUCCCCUCCUUGAAAGACCAGCAGUCGCCACUGAAUCCCAUGUCUUGCUAUCCCCUGAAACCGUAAACUGUCUGUGGUGCUGGGUGAAGAGGAUGAGUUAAUAAUAAUGAUGGGUGCCUCAGAUAGCAGCCUGUACCUGUUGUGUGUGUGGAUGUGGUGUUAACAUGUAAAAGAAACAUGUCAUUUUCAAAAGUGGUCAGAGAGUGGAAAAAAGCACUUUUUUAAAUUCACUCCACUUACCAUUUUACCAAUUCCACCUCAAACUGUGUGGCAUAAGAAUUAAUAAGGUUUUAGCAGAACUGUUGAGAGUUCCUCUCACAUGAAUUUGAGUUUUCUUUUAAGAAAGUUUCCAAAAAUGUUUGAUUUUGCUGUCAAGUAUAAAAUAAAAAUUAAAAAAAGGAAAUUGGAAUCAGCCAGUUGAAAACUCAGAAAUUAGAAUUGGUCAGAAAAACUGCAAUCAGUGCACCUCCUAGCAGUGUUAGUCUUUAUUGAAAUCAAGACAUGACAUUUCUUAUUUUUGUACGACCUAGUGUACCGUCAAAACCCAACUGUCACGGUCUUGUCUUUUUGGAUUGACUGAGAGAGCUUCUGUAGCAGAAUCCUAAACCCCAGAUUUGGCAGAGGUGUGGGCGACAUUUGCAUGUGUGUGUUUUGCCCCAGUGGUUGCACUCCAUUUGAAUGAUGCCUGAAUAGUGCAUGGCUUCGGCCCGCCAAGUGUCCUCCCCAGGGCUCCUUUCAGCUUUCUGCUCAACCAGCACUGACUGACAGCACCUCCUCACUGUCUUCUAUUCUUACCUUUAUACAGAACCAUGCACACGGGCAGGUAGAGUAACUGACAGGCAGACAUGAAGAAAGUGCAAACACAUACUGUCACAUGCAUACUUCAUCACACAUAUAUACACACACUCGCUCACUAUAUGAUUUUUAAUAUUCUUCUCCAGCUCAGUGGCCUCGACAGGAACAAUGGAUAUGUCAGCAUAAAGAAAAUAUACUUCUGAUUAAAUAAUACUGAGCUGAUUUUUUUUUCUGUAUCUGUAUGUUCUCUGUUGAUGUUAAGAGGAUGGACAGGCCAACAUGUACAGACAGAUAAAGAGACUGUGAAGAUGUAAAAACUUGAGCUACCUGUUUUCAAACGAGAGUGAAUACAAGUACCAACUGAAAAUAAGGAGAAACAGCCCCUGUUUCUUUACAAUAUUAAAAAAAUCAUUGUAGCCUGUAAUAAAAUAGUUGUGGAAAAAUCAAAGUUUUUGCUCAGGUUUGUCCUGGUGGAUUUAAAUUUGGACUCUCAUGUAUUGUUGUUGUUGUUUUACAGAGGAGCUACGAAAACUCAGCUGGUCUGGAAUCCCAAGACAAGUUCGACCGAUAACAUGGAAGCUCCUUUCAGUAAGUUUUCUGAUCAUACACUUUAACACUCAUACUAUACUGAUCUGUGAAACACAAUAACAGUCACUCAACACUUUUAUAUCAGUACAUUCAAACAAUAUCUAUAAGUGGUAUAUCAGUGUUUCCCAUCUAUCUAUGAUAGUGUGUGAUUUAGGGGGUGGGGGUGGAGGGCUGUGUGUGUUGAGCAAAACUUGGGGGUGACUCAAUAUACUGCAUAUACUGAUACAUACUGAGGUAGCACCACGUAAGGUGUGUCGGCUUUUAUUUAGCCGUGGCAGUGCGCCACCAUCAAUUACACAUAGGGGGAAACCCAGUAGAGGACCCUAAUAGAAUUCAAACUUCCCUUUACUGUCUCAUGUUCCUCUCUCCUAUUCACCCCUGAGAUUCACGCUCAAGUUAUUUGUUGUUUAUCUUUCUUUAGCGGGUAUGAUUGAACCACAUUUUUGAAGGUAGAGCUUGGUAAUCUCCAAUGACCUGCAUUCACCACUACAUCCUAGAAACCAUUCAUUACCGUCUGCACUGUUAUUAGUCAGUGUAGAAAUUAAAAAAGUAGGUUGAAAAAAAGAAACCUGGAUUAGAGGGAUGAGGCAAUUUUAUGCCUCACUGGAUAGCUCCUAUGCUGUCUAUUUGAGCAACAGGCACUAUGGAUCGCUUCAGGCCUCAAAAUACGUCCACUUGGACUUCUACUUCGACAGUCUUGAGCAGGUCCACAUUGUUCUGACUGUACUAGAAGAUCAGCUGGUCCACCUCUGUCUGGAUGCUGACUCAUCACUGUCUCUGAGACCGAUGACUGUGUGUCGUCUGCGAGCGUCAGGAGUCUGACAGACUGGGCCCCUGAGGUGCAGUCGCUGGUGUCCAGGGAGAAGAGCAGAAGGGAGAGAACACACCCCCUAGGGGGCGCCAGUGCUGAUGGUCCAGAUUCUGGAUAUGAUGUUCCCCAGCCUCGCCUGCUAUUGGUCAGGAAUCGGUGAUCUACUGACAGGUGGAGGCUGGCACAGUGAGCUGGGUCAGUCUGUGGUGGAGAAGCUCAGGAAUGAUGGUGAGCUGAAGCCCACCUCGAGCGGUUGGUCUCAAAGCUUACCAGGUGUUGAAAUGUGUCGGAUCAGAGCCGUGGUGUGUCACUUUGACCUUGAGUUUAGGACUUUUAGACGCCUGGUUACCUGUUCGUUUGGAGGCUUAUUGGAGUUUGAAAUUGCACAGUUAACAUACUAAUACAACAUACACUUUAUGCACAGACACACACACACUGCUUCUAACUCACUGAUGUGUUAUGGUUGAAGAGAAAGUGUGACAGUGUCAUCUCCUCAGUGCCAAACGUAGUGGAAAGGAGCCAUCUGGUGGAUUAUGACUAAAGCUGCAGCUCCACUGCCACUUUGUUAAAACAAUACCAGUUUUUUUUUUUAUUACUAAUGCACAUUUUUAUGACUUUAUAGCUGUAAGAACCAAAAGUAUGGUUUAAAAACAUAAUCUUUUUAAAGCACUAUGUAACAGCAUUAAAUUACACCCUGUAUAUUGACUUGACAUUGGAGCUUGUUCUUAUUUCACUUAUUUUUGCCAAAUUUCAUGUCUUCAACGUGAAAACAGCCGAAAAAAGAGAUGUGUCAUGAACAGACUAUCUCAUCCCAGGUGAUGGGGUUUGAAUUUUUUUAUUUCAGUGCUAAAAAAAAAGUUAAGAUUAUUAAACUAAACUCUGUUUUAAGUCAAAUCAAAAUACAAAGCUUUAGACAUACGGUCCUUCUAAAACUGCCUCUUCCAUCCACUUCCCCUGUUUGUCUGACUCAUUGAGUGCCAUCGAAAAACCUUUGAGGGCUGUUAGAUGAUAAACUGUUUUAUUAUUUCUAAGUUUAUACGCUUACUCUAAGUUUAGUGGAGUUCAUCUCGAGGCCUGCAGCUGCGCCUGAUCCCUCCACCCUCCUGAGGGGAGCGUCAUUCAGCUGCGGGGGUUACUUCAAACAGAGUGCACAACAUAUCAGAGCAGAGGUGGGGAGGGACCAGCUUGAGAAAGGGUCAUAGACUCAACAGCUUUAUGAAAUAUCUGCUGGACUGAGUUAUGUGUCUUGUGUUUAAUCUCAGUCUGCGGCAGAUACUGUGUGUAUUAUCAAUCUGUGCAGUGUUAUUAAGUAGCUGCUUCAGUUCCAACUGGCUUGUCCAAACUUUUUUCUGAUAUUGUUUUAAACUCAGUCAUACGUUUACCUUGGCACUAAUCCAAAACAUGCACUGGUUGGAGGAAGAGGAAAAAUAUUAAGAAAUUUGGCUUGUUUUAAUGACCUAUAAUUAACAAAUGCCUUUUCUCCAUUUCUUUGUCUCCCCCCCUUCUUCUCUCAGGGUUACCUACCAGCUAACGCAGAAAGAAGGGAGAGCGUCCUACAGAGGAAGAGAGAGGAAUAUUUUGGCUUUAUCCAGCAAUACUACGACUCCCGCAAUGAUGAACACCAUCAGGACACAUACAGACAGGUAUACCCUAUAUUCUUAUGCAUUGAUUUAUUUAUGCUGCUUGUUGCAUUUUUGACAUCCAUCUGAACCCCAGAGGAUGGAAGAAAUGUAACCAUUGUAUUCCUGCAGCAUAAAACCAAGACAAGGCAAGUCUGAGAGGGCUGCUGAAAUGAAAACUAUGAUUUUAUAAACAAUAUCGACUUCUCUCUCUCCCCUUCUUGCCCCUUUCGAACACUCCUUCAUAAAACAAGCCCCAUUUAUCUCUAGCUGAUAGGAAACAUCAGAGAGGCUUGUUGAUGGCCAGGUGUUACAUUUCCAUUUUUGAUCGUCUCUUUUUCCCCACUGAACUCCUCUCUGUUAAAAGAGAACUGGCGUACAUUGUCAUGAUGACCAUUCCAGUAUCCAAUAGGUUUCACUCCCAAAUUUGCUUCCUCCAAAACUUUACUGGUCAAGUGAGGAAAAAUGUGUUCUCAAUCAAUCAAUCAAUCCUAAUUUUUAUAGCUCCAGUUUACUAAAAAUGAUUUCUCAAGACACUUAACAUAAAAGACCUGGUCCAGACCAAACUCCUGAUGAUAUUUACAAAGACCCGAUGUGAAGAUCAGAUCAGAUUAAGUCCCUCCUUGGAAGAUCAGACCUGCUCUCAUACCAUCUUCAACCACAGGAGUAAAACACUGUACAGCGUUUAUCAACUUACAGUGGAGAGGAAGAACUUUCUUUAACAGGCAGAAACCUCGAGCAGAACCAGACUCAUGUUAGACAGUCAUCUGCUGAGACUGAGCUGGGUUUAGACAGGGAGAUGGAGAAAGAGAGAUGGACAAAGACAAACAGCAAUAGUACUGACAGAUGUAUGGUUACAGUGCCAGAGAUAAUGGAACAAGUUUGUGAACUAUCUGUAAGAAUAGCACAAUAAUAAUAAUAAUAAUACUAGACUGGUCUUAUUGAUAGUUUCAUGUGUUUUGAAUAUUUCAUAAUUGUAAAGAUGUUAGGUUUAGCCCUUAAUAUUCAUGUGGAAGUGUAUGAUUGUCGAAUAUUACAUUCAUUUUUAUGUAGAAUCAUAUUAUUCAUGUUAUCCACCUCUGUUCACUUAAGUGUUUAUCCUGAGACCCUCUGAAAUUCCAUCCAUCUCCUGUGUACAUCUGUUAAUGUUGGAAACACUACAAGCCUUUGAAAUACUGCGACAUUUUUUCAUGAAUGGAAAGCAGGUCAAAAUAUAACUUUGCUCCAUUUAAGGCAGUCGGAAAAUACACUGAGAGGCCUUGUAGCUUCUUGGUUGACACUGGCCGGAGCUCUGUGUUUGAAUGAACUGAUUUUAUUGUGCUGUAAAAUCUUUCACAACCACUAGAAGGCAGACAUUUUCAGAAAUACUUCUGUUAUACAAUGACAUCAGCAGAGCCUGAUGAUGUUGGGCUUAAGUUUGUAUAAUUUUCUUCCAUACUAAAAUAUAGUUGCAUAUAGGAUAGGAGUAACACAAAUAAACAAAAGAUAUUGGUCAGCAAACCAAAACAAUGGACUGCUCUCUUGUAGGGUAUGCAGUUCUCAGUAUUUUUUAAAUCGAGUCAGGUCAGUAGUUGAAGCAUUUCCCCCCUCACCAUUACAUCAACAUCAGAAUACUACAUAUCAAAUAACACAUGAACUUCAUUUAAGGUAACUAUAGAAGAAAUGGGCUGGCUGCUCUUACUGACACACAACCUUUUCACUUGAGUGUUAUUUUUGAGAUCUUCAGGACCAAAGACUUGGUUUUAAUGCCGGGCAUUAAGGACAAGGGCCCAUGGAGACUCAUAUACAACGUCGCUUGUGUUCUUGUGUGUGUGUGGGCGCACAUGUGUGUGUGUUAAACACCUUUUUCUUCCAUGUUGCUGUCAGAUUCACAUAGACAUUCCUAGGAUGAAUCCUGAGUUUUUGGUGCUGCAGCCAAAGGUGACACAGGUAAGGUUGACAGAGCAGACAGGACGGUGAAUACAGUAUUAUUCCAGCACCGCCACUGAUAUCCAGUCCGUCCAAACCGACCUAUUUUAGCUGGCUUUGCUCCAGUUGCUGUCUCGCAUUUGUUCGGCUUUCUUCUGACCAAUCUGCCUGCCAGUCAUUUGUUUAUCUGAGGGGGUAGACAAUCUGAAAUGGUGUAAUUGUGGUCCAGCACAAGAGUACACUCUGCCAAGAAAGGCAAUUUUAGUUGCACUUUAACAGGAAAGGAAACAUACUGUGCACUCCUGACCACACCUGCUAUCUAUUUCAGAAAACCGUAAACCCCGAUUUCCUUCAUUGAGGAAACCAAUCCACUAACUGUUGCUCUUUUCUGCCUUCGUCACCGCCUGUUUCUGCCAGAUCUAUGCUAACCUGCCCGUUGCUUCAGUGUUUGUCUUUUUUCUCUCUCUCCCUCUCUGCAGAUUCACAUUGACAUACCGAGAACUAAUCCCCUUAUUCCUCUCUUUCAACAAGCUUCUGUCCAAGAGGUGAGACAUCUCCUUUCUGCACACACACAUACACAACCUCAGUCAGGUGGGUUUUCCCUCCUCCAUUUGAGAAGAAAUUGGUGGUAGCAUAAUCAGUGCCGCUGUUGUGAUGGCGCAUGUGAAGGAUUAAGUGUCUUUAACAAAGGCUAAGGGCUCUUUUUAGCAUCAUUAUGUUUUUAUGCAGCAACAGGGUUGUUGUUGUGGUUACUGCAAAAAUGAAUUAGAGUAAUAUUAAGAAGCCAGCCAAAGAGCAUAGUAGGCUACUGUCACGACCGCAUGUGAUCUCACAGUACCUGAUGUUUCGAUUAAAAACAAUGGAGUGGCACCUCACCAUCAAUUUCAUUUCUACGCUUUGACACAGGAAUCACAGGACAAUGAAGUUUUCAACCUACAUCUAUUUUAUUUUCUGAUGUUGUGGUAAAAUUAUUAAAAUUACCACUAUGAUAUUUGUGAGCACUAAGUGAAUUCUGUUAGCACCUGUUUGGUUAGAGUUAAGAGGGUGUAAUUAUGCUGUCACAUUUAUUUCUGUUUGCUAUACAAACACAAUAUAGUGGGUUUUCUUGCACAUUACAAGCUCUGUGUGUUUUAAGUGUUUAAAACACACUCAAUGUAACUACUGAUGUGAAAUAUACAUGUCAGCCUUUUCAGGAUACACAGAAAGGAGGUCUUGUUACCCAAUCCCCUUUGCAUGCAUCAGAACGCGGCUUACUUUUCUUCUUAAUCUAAAUAAAACGGAGAGGGUUUUAAAGUCUAGUUUUUAAUAAAUUUAACUGCCAUGCUAUAUGGAUCCUGUGGUGUUAUUAUAUUUAUGUAAUACAGUGAACCAGAAUGUGGAAAAAGAGACCGAAACGUGAACACAGGAUCAUGGCAUGUCCUCCAUACAAUAUAUGUUUUCAAGAUAACAGACACAUGAUUGGUUAUCAUCUCUUACAUGCAACGAUUGCGCCAACCUUGAAAUUCAAAUCAACAUCUGUCUAGUGUUGCUGUGACACAAUAACUGAGAUUCAUCUGCUUUGCACCAAACCAGCUUUGCAUGCCUUAAACUGUUGCAAAAUCUGCAACGCCCGUCUACAACCAACUCACCCUCUAAAAAAUGCACUCUUACACUCUUACACCAGCCUACUGUUUAACCAGCAUCAUUUGUUAUCACAAUUAGUGCAGAUGUCAUUUUAUUCUGCAGUUAGUGUUCACACUCUAUGUCUUUGUGUGUUUGUUUGUGUGUGUAAGAUUUUUGAACGCAUCCUGUUUAUCUGGGCCAUCCGCCACCCAGCCAGUGGCUAUGUGCAGGGCAUCAAUGACCUGGUCACGCCGUUCUUUGUCGUCUACGUCUUUGAGUAUAUUGGUGAGUGUUGUAUUUCCUUAUUUUUUCCUUUUCAUUGUUUUUGCUUUUAGAGGGCAGUGUUUGAUGUUUUCUUGAUGCAAGGAUAAGAUCCCCUAGCUUUUGCAAAAACAAGCCCACUACUCAAGUAAACAUGACUCUACUAAUCCCACCGUCCUGCUGUUAAAGCUGUGUCAGUCUUGGUAAACGUCUAUGAGUGGAUGCUGAGGAGCACCAGGACACUAUGGGGGUGCACCGGCUAGGGAUGGACAAUAAAUUAUCGUUCAAGAUAUAUCAUCAGAAAAAUCCUCCAUGAUAAAUAUUUGCCAUCUCAUGAUAAACAUGAUAAAUGCAAGUUGGUGAUGUAAGCAGCAGCGACAGACUCACAGCCAUAGCCCACACAGAUCAGAAUAACAAACAAACAUGCCCAAAAGUAAUGAAGAAGACGUUUGUGACUGAACGAGGCUUCACAUGUGGGAUUUCCUUCAAGAUGGGGGUUUAGAUGAGCGCAAUUAGGUUUGCCAGACAUCGGACAGAGGAUCUGCUGCUGCUGUUCAACCUGUGCAAUAAGAGUUUUCAACAAAUAUUAAUAAUGUUUUCACAUUUGAGACUUGUUUGAUGUCAUUAGUUUUCUCCAUGACCUACAACUCAAACGUGUGGUGAAGUAGAUUAUUUGACUGUUCCAACUGGUGUCGAGACAAAAUGAGUCAAGAAUAUAGAUUGGAAUUAUAAUACUUUCUUAUCGGGACUUUUAUUGCUAUCACCAGAAUGGCAAUUCUUAUCAUGAUAAAUUUUUUACCCCAUAUCACCCAUCCCUCGCACCAGCUACCACUAGCACUUAUGACAUUGAGAACACGACCACCUACACCACUAUUUCACUGGCCAUAGCGUCUUCAAUACCUGCUACCUGCUGCUACAGUUUCAUUCAGACUAAAGCUAAAAUUUUUUAGUUUUGAACAACAUGUGAACAUACUGACUGGUACGGAAACUCAGAGAGAGAAACUGCCUGCAAAACUCAAAGCACCUUAAGCCAUGUCAGCAGGUGAAGAAUUUCUGCUUUGAGCCUUACAUAAGAGAAAUGAUUAAAAAACAUUAUCACCAGAAAAACAUUGCUAACAAUUUGUCUCUCAGUCCAACGCAGAUAACUUGUAGAAUUGACUGUUUUUAUGCUCUUCUCCCUGGGAAGUUUCCAGGUGGCCUGGCCCGCCAGCUCCUUGUUUUUUAAGUCUUGUGAACGCAGCAUCACUAACUGCGGGUCUUCUUCACUCACACAUGCGCGCGUACAUCUACUCAAAAAGCAAGCUGCAAAAAGUGCCCAUGUGAUGUGUUAAAAACUCUAGUAGUGUCUGCUAUGGCUUUAGCCAACUUGGAUUACCAGGUAAAAGCUGUUUAAACGUUUGAAGCAGCUGCGUUUGAAAAGCAGCAUCUUUUUGUUAACGUCUGUGAGGACAUUAUGCAAUUUCCAAGUUUUUAGAAAAUCAAAAUCAUUUCUAGAAAAAUAAGUAGAUGCGAUCUGUGAAGGCUGAAAGCUCCUGGACAGAGUGUGUGCUGUAGUGCUGCUGCCCUUUUUAGAAAUGCUGAUUGAUGUCUUUGACCAUCUGUUCUCGAAUUAACCUACUAUCUGGUUUCAGUUCUGGAGUUAUUUGGUGUUUCUAAUCUUUUUGAAUGACUUGAUUUCUUUUUUCUCUAGUUGCAAUUCAUCAUAGCACAGUGUAUUUUUGACAUAGUGGUUGACUUGAUAGCAGUUUUCUUAUGGUCAAUGCUGAUAAUUGGAUGACAGGUUAGUUUUUGGCUAAUGCAUAACGCUGAUCUCACAUAGUCAACAAAUCUUUGUCAGCCUUUUAUAGUUUGCAUGCAUCUGUUUCAUAAAUCACCACCCUUUCACUUCAUUUUAAUUCAAUUCAAACUACUUAAAUUAACCCCGAGGGACAAUUUAAUUUCCCAGCCUACCUAUGAAAACAACAUUAAACAUGCAACACAGUGAUCAGCAACAUUCACACUUCAGCAGCAACAAAUGAGUUGUUGGGGUGCAUCAUCACAAAAACAUUUCCAAGUCAGGUCAUUAAAAUUAAAUAAGUAGAAACGGGCUUUUAAGUCAGUGACUGCUGUCAGCAUUCAGCAGCCUGAUAGCAGAUGCAACAAAAGAGUUUGGAGGGGCGCGGUGUAUCUCCACCCUGACAGCAUUUCCUCUGUUGUUCCCAUGCCUCUGUCUGAAUUUAUCUACCUCCUACACCUGUUGCUCUCCUGUGUACGUGAUGAGCCUACAGCAGAACUCCUGCUUUAUGUCAGUAGACCAGGAUACAUUCUCUGCAUCUUUACCAGCUGUAGUUCACCUGUCUUACUGUCUCUUUCUCUCUGUCCAUCUGUUUCUUUCGCUCUGCUUUAUUCUUCCUCUUGUAUCUCUGCUCUAGAGGAAGAAGUGGAAAACUUUGAUGUGUCCAGUCUCCAAGAAGAGGUCCUGAAAAACAUUGAGGCUGACAGCUUUUGGUGUAUGAGCAAACUGUUAGACGGUAUCCAGGUGAGCAUAAAUGUUCCUUUGUGUAUAAAAGGUAACAAACUGUACCAAAGAUUGAUUUGAUUUUAUGUAACCAGGAAAGCUAUUAAAACAAUUUUUAGCCAUUUCAAGAUGCAUUCUUGGGACAGACAGCAAAAGUAGGUCCUGGUCCCGGGUUUCAAAGCGAAGACUAUAACCAUUUCACCUUUUUUCAAAUGGAUUACAUUACAUAAAUAAGAGGGGAGCAGGUUAAUUACUGAAAACCUGCCGCGAAUACUUGAUUCAUUUGCUUAUUUUUUUCUUGACAAGGAGAUGGGUGAAGAAAACAAAUUGGGGAAACUGUUUAUGUCUUCUUUUCUCUCCUCUUGUCUUAAGUGGGGGGAAUGAUAAGCCUUACCUGGUGGUGGUGAUCUGUAGCCUAAACAAUAUCAGUCCUAAUCGAGCUCAGGUUCAUGGGAACAUCAGGAACCGUGUGGUAGGCCAUAUAACUUAUCUAUAGAGGAUAUUGGUAUCAGAGCUUAAUCAGACAGGUUUCUUCACUAAGCAGUUGUCCUUUAGAUACAUGAAUCUGAGACAAACACAAGGUGCUGGAAUUAAAGUGUAUGAUGCCUGUUUUAUCCAGGCAAGUUCUCAACUUAGGUGUAUUAUCGGGAUAAACCUAUACAAUGACAAAUCAAAGAUCACCUGUUUUAAGUUACGUUACUCAUUUAGCUAUUUCUGAAUAUUGCCCAUCUGUUUCUUCUUCUUCUCAGGACAACUAUACAUUUGCCCAGCCGGGUAUACAGAGGAAAGUUAAAGCCCUGGAAGAGCUGGUCAGCCGGAUUGAUGGUGAGUCAUCUGCCAAGUAGCAUCUGUUCUCUAUCACAAAAAUACAUUUUUACACAAAUAAGAGAUGGGCACAGGUCAUCGAUUUUUUUUAAUGGCUACUCAUUAUAGAGAAGCUUGACGAGGUUAAGGAGACAGACUUUGUUUUGUGUACGCAUGAAGAAAUGUUUGUAUUAGGAAUAUGAAAACUACCAAAACAACAAAAACUCUUGAAUACCAGGACACAAGUAAGCAGAGCAAAGUCUGCCCUGAGUUAGCAGGAAAGGAUGCCAUUAGAACAGACACUCAGGCAGCACUUGCAGCUGAAUGACAGCGUACUGUGGAGGGGUGGCAUUUGGAGACAGAAAGCAGAGGAUUCUUGCCACCACUGUGCCACUGAAGGGAGUGUUUCCCACAUUGAAACUGAUUUUCAACAGGAUGUGCACUUAACUUUAUUCUAAAAGUGUGGAAGACGGGUUUAAAGUUUUGAGGAGCCCGGGUGUAGAAAAACUGUGGAAAAGUAAGAGGGAAAAAAGUGUAUAGUGGUCAUUUGUCUGUCAAUAGGCCAACUUUUCCCAGUUUGGUGGAUAUGAGUCUGUUUGUUUAUACAUUUCAAAUUCUUUGACUCAUUUAUACAACUUCUCAAUUAUCUCAAUGUACCAUUCCUUGCUUAUCAAAUUGAGUACUGAUCUUUAUUUUAAGAUAAAAGUAAAAACUAAAAGCAGGCUAACAGGAAAUACAAAAAGAGGGUUUCAUAUUGAAGGAACUCUAGUUCCAUGUCUGUGGCAGAACGUAUCCUCCCAGGUGUAUAUGACCAUUCUCCAAACAACAGUAUAAGUCAGAGGGAACCAGUAAACUCUACAAGUUGUACCCAAACUAAAACGCUUGGGUAGUGCAAACAAGUUAACAAAACACAAAAGAGAGUUAUUCGUUUGGUUAGAGGGAGGAAAGAAGAGCAAAUAUGAAUAAGUGGCUCAGAGCUGCUGCAAAACACUCACCGCCAGAUGUGAAACAUGUCUGAUCAGUCAACUUUUGUCAAUGAAAAAUGUCAUCCUAAAUCCUCCCACCAUCGGAGACAUCUCAACAAUUUUCUUUUUGCCGAUCUGCUUGUUUUUUUAAAUGUAUUUAUUCAUUAUUAUUCUUUUUUUUUAAUUUAUGAUGUCUUUGUGAACUAGAGAUUAUUCUUUUGUUUUUGACAGAGAGUCUACAUCGCCACAUGCAGCAGUAUGAGGUAGAAUACCUGCAGUUUGCCUUCCGCUGGAUGAACAACCUUCUGAUGAGGGAGCUGCCGCUGCGCUGCACAAUUAGACUAUGGGACACGUACCAGGUACAAAUACACUUAUAUAUUGCUUUUGCUGGAGAUCUCAGAUGGAGGAAAAUCCUCUGAUCAUGACAUCUGUGAUUGUUUCAGAAGUGGUGUAAUUCCCAGAUCACAGCCAGCCUGGCACCAUGAUAUAACACAAGGCAGUUGUUGUUGUUGAGUUGUUGAAUCUGCAGAAAGUCUCUGUCUGCACACGUCCUCACAAAAGCUGAUGAGAGAUGUCACAGUGUCAGUGAGUUUCUUGAGAGUUGUAGCUGCAGCUUCAAAAACACUCCAAUCAGUGCGAUGGAAGCAGCUUUGGCUCUUCCGUCCGUUACCUCACAGUCCUCACAACAGACUUAGCAGAUUUUAAUUUCUGCCGUAAUUCUAAAUCCAGUCUCACUUUGAAUCUUACUGUAAGUUUCAACAACACAUCACAGAGUGUCUUGAAUGAAUGCUUUCUUAUUUAGAUCAACCUUUGUGCUAAACAAAUGUUACCUUUUUUAGGCUGAACCCGAGGGCUUCUCCCAUUUCCACCUUUAUGUGUGUGCAGCCUUUCUGGUGAGGUGGAGGAAAGAAAUUCUGGAGGAGAGAGAUUUUCAGGUAACUUUCACAUGACACAGCAGCUCCUAUAAAACUUUUUUUUUUCGUUGUUUUACUUGGCUCAUCUAUUUUUGUGCAAGCUGGUAGCCGUUAGUGAGCUAUUUUAAAAAAUGACAAAGCAAAACAGAUAUUCCAAGGACAGUGUUAGAUAUUUGCUCUUUGGGUUACUUAUUUAUUGCUAGUUUGAAUCACCCAACUGUUUUUAUCCGGUCUGUCGUAGGAGUUUAAUCAUAGAAAGAUGCAAAUGUAAAAUCAAAAGCCUGUAAUUCACUUUUUGAUUUUGUAAAAACGGUUAGAAAAGCUGUUUCUGAAGAUUGUGAGAGUUCAGGAUUCACCUGUUGUUGAUUUGCUCUCUAGAAAAAAAACUGUUUAAUCGGAUGAAAUGAAGCCUCGGCCUGGAUAAGCUUUUUACGUCUCUGUCUUGGCAGUUGCGAAUGAAUUUCCGACAUCAUUAGAGACACUGAUGCGUUUAUUAUUACAGUGUACUGUGAAGAUGUGUUUCUCCAUUUGACCGGUUUCUCACAAAUAUCCUGAUGUUGUUAUUACCAUGAUAUUUUUUGUGAUCAUUGUGAGAUUAGAGUCUGUUACUGUGGCAGUCCAACCGAAAACAUGUUUUCUUUUUCAAUAGGGAUUAAUGAUCCUCCUGCAGAACCUUCCAACAAUGCACUGGGGAAACGAGGAAGUGAGCGUGCUGCUAGCUGAAGCUUACAGGUUAAAGUUUGCCUUCGCCGAUGCUCCCAACCAUUACAAGAGAUGAUCAUCGUAGCUCUCUACAGCUGCCUCCCCCUCUGUGUACUCCUCCUCUCCUGUCCGACUGUCAUAGACUGUCACUUUAAGACACCAGACCUAGAAGGACCUCUUUUUUUAACCUCCUUUUGGCCCGUUCAGCUACUGAGAGAUUAAAACCAGCCAAUGACUAUGGGAGGGGUGCGGUAUAACAACACAGUAUGACGAUGUUGAGCCUCUUUUUGUUACUUUUCUUUGAGCACCUCUAAAAUUUGCACUCCAACACUUCAGUACAUAGCCCUUGUUUCAUUGAAAUCCACAAACCUUCAGUUAGCUCAGUGGUUCUCAAUCCAGUCCUCGAGGCCCACUGUCCUGCAUGUUUUGGAUGUUUCCCUGCUCCAACACACCUGAUUCAAAUGAUCAGCUCGUUAUUAAACCAAUACAGAGCUUGAUAACGAGCUGAUCAUUUGAAUCAGGUGUGUUGGAGAAACAUCCAAAACAUGCAGGACAGUGGGGGGCUCGAGGACUGGAUUGAGAACCACUGAGUUAGCUCAAGCUGACAUCUCAAAUUAUAACCCAAGGUUUAGAUAAGGUCCAUGAGCGGUUGUUCGUGCCAGGAGUUUUGUUUUAAUUACAAAAUGUGCUUCUCUGAUAAUUUCCACAGUCCUUUAGUUUGUCACGAAACCAAACAUGACUUUCAUUGUUUGAAAAGACGUAGAAAGCAAAAGGGCCGCUGUGUUGGAUGGUUUACAUAUCAGAACCUACUUGCCUGCUUUUAUUUAUUUUUUUCUCCUGCAUUUAGUUGAGGAAAAAUAGACUUUUCACAGGAAGACAGAGAGCGAGACCUUUAGUGUGUGAAAGGCUUGUCUCUUUUACCACUAACCCCGCACACUAACUUUUAUAUUUUGUUCUUCAUUCAGUGUUUCAGUUGAAGCUGCAUUUGAGUUUGGUCACAUUGGUAUAUCAGAAGUUAGGAACAAACUAUUACGUUACAACCUCAGAACUACAGACUGCAUAAAACAGGGUGGUAAAAGUUAGUAAAUGAAAUUAGCUUAAAUUAAGGCCAGUUAAAGGUAAUUAAAGGUAGUAAAUGUAAUUUUCAUCACCCCUUAAAUAUAUUAUGACUUUUCCAUUGAUGCUUAAUCUUUAUUUUAAGUUCUUUUAAAUAAAAAUCUAUUAAAGAAAACUACAUAUGAGCAGGACGGGAGGACCUGGGUGGGCAUUGACAGCCAAUUCGUGAUCCUGACGACAUUUGCUGCCCUGUACAGCAUGUACUCUAAUGAUUCUGCAGCCCCCAAUUUCAGUAUUAGUAUAUUUAUUCAUUCUUUAACGAUAAACAGUCAACAGGCUGCCUGUUCAACCUUGUAGAUUCAACUGUGUACAGUCGUGCAGGGACUUCUGAGUCUAAGUUGCCCGCUGGACACAGUGUGCACUUCAUACACACAGACUGUGACAGAGGAGGAGAGGGAGAAGUUUGUGACAGGAAUGACAAGAAAAAUGAAGUAGGUGUCAGAGGCAAGGAAAGCAAGUGACGGUAAACAGAAUAAAAAAGACCAGAAGGUACAUCUAAGCCUACAUAGCCCUUGGGUUCACUGUGAAUACCGUCAGAAAUGAGGAAAGACUGGUGUGUGUUUUAUAGUUAAAGACUCUGGCAGCGGACAGAAUGAAACCUAACAAAUUUAAACAGUACCUGGAGACCUAACACCCCAGUUAUGUCAUAAGCCGCUGGACUUUUUCAUCAUUGAGAACCACUGGACUAUACAAAGAAUCCACAGAUCACCAGCAGGGGUUGUGCAUCUAUCACCCCUCCCAAAAAAGGCCGCUGCACAAUGACGAGUUCGUAGUAAAAAUAUUUGAGAGGUAGUAAAUGCAAAUUUAGGAUUACUGUAUAAACCCUGGUGCAAUGUAUUGCCUUAGUCCAAUUAAAAACUGGACAUUCAAAAAGAUAAACAUAUUAGUCUGACUAAAAAAAGCAUUAAAUUGUGUGUAUCUGUGAGAAACGUCUCAUAGUUGCACUAACGUACCUGGAAAAUAUGGUAUGGGAUUGAUUUUCUCUUUGGUGUAUCUGUAUACACAGAAGAGAAGAUCAGUUGGACUGAAACUAGCUGAAGCCUUUUGUGCUUCUCCCAGCACACCGGGCUUUGAGCUGGGAAUUAAACAGCAUGGAUGCGUUGCUAGGAAACCAGAUAGUAAACAAACCUCAGCCGUUGCAAAACGCAGAAAAGACAAAACAGUUUGUCCAGAGCUGUCUUAUUGUUUCACGCACAUUCCUUUAGCCUCUUAUGAAUGUGUUUUCACAACUGUUAAUACUAAAUACAUCACCUGGGACAUGACCUGAUAGUAAUGUGAAAGCUUUUUUCCACCAACAGGAGCAGAGAUGCACAUGCUUCUAUCAAUAAUUAGAUUUAUGCUCAGUGCGUGUACACCGGAAGAAGGACAGUAGUCCUGUAAAACAUCCAACCCAAUCCAAGAAACUGCAGAACUGCACUUUAAGCUCUUCUGUAUUGACUUCACAUCUGAAGCCCAGAAGAUGUCGCAGUCUCCCUUCCACUUGAUUUUUCUUGAUCUCUCCCUGUCCCUCAGUCUUUCUCUCCAUUAUUUAUCCUUUGAGCUGACAUUUCAAAGAUUAGUUUCACUCCUUUAGUUUUAUUUUUUUAGCUGUUUACAUCACAAAUAUAUUCAGUUGUGCCUGACUGGAGAUUUUAGACGAGAUCUUUAUGUUUUUCAUCUCGAAUGAAUUUGAAAGAUUUUAUAAUUUUGCAAGCAAUAGUGUGAUGUGAUUGAAUUUACCCUAAAAAGACAGAAAUGACCCUUUUUGGGGUGUGCUUGUAGCAUCAUGAACUAUCUUUAUAGUAUGUCAGCAUUUUACGGUUCUUACUUGCAAAAUAUCAGCUUGCUAAACCCUUCCUUUUAAUUUUUAUUGAAAGACUAUUAGACUUACCAUUUAUAGUUAGCCGGUCAAGCUUUGAAUCUCCCACAUGUAGAAUUAAAGGUAUGGGCUGUGCGAUGAGGGAUAAUCUGCAUCUUAAAUGUCUGAGCUAUGGCGGCCUUUCUAAACCAAAAACCCCUAAAAGUUUUAGAAAGGGGCGGGGCUUUGAACAUUAGCAGUACUGUGUUAUGUUCAGUCAUGUAGUGUGUGCAGUAACAGCUGAGGUUUUUUUAUUUUUUCAGUGCCAAAGAGCACAAUGAAAAAUCAAGAGCACAGUCUGUGUUGUGGAUAAUGACGUUUUUCUUCCCAACUAUGUUAUCUUCAGAAUUUCAAUGUGUAAGGCUAUCCUGCUGAAUGCCUCAGAGUCAGGUCAGUGAUGUCUUAUGUACGUACACACUCCAGCAACACCAACUGACCAAUCCAAUUGUCAGACAUCGGAUCACUCCUGACGCACUGGUUUUUAGUUUUCAGCCAAAAAUGUCUCUUGUUACAGAACAGGCGAAACAAUGGUAUAAGAUUUUUUUUAUAGACUUUACUCAAAGAGAUUGUGAUUUUAUCAUAUUUUAAAAAACUAACAAAUUAAAAUGUUGGACAUCAGUACCAUACAUGAGCCAAGUUUUAGAUUGCAAGGUUAAUUGUUUGUUGAUGUAAUCCCCAGAUGGGAUUACACGGUGCUCUGAAAGGCUUGCUCAAAAGACUUCAGCGAGUUUGUGUUUAAAGAGAUUUGCUCAAAUCGCCGGUCAGUGAAUCUUUUUAAACACAACUUUGUUGUAUGGCAACAAAGGAGGAGGUUUCCAGAAUGUUGGGUUCUGGAAUGCUGGGGUGGUUUAGAAGGGGUCUUUAGUAUAUUUCAAACUGCGCUCUAUUUCCCCAUCUGUUUGUGUGCUUGACUGAUGGAGAACACUUUCUGAAAUUGCAGUAUCAGGUGAAUGCGGAGCAGCUGUGAGACUUGCAGACAUUCUUGCUCUGUGGGCAGGGGAUCACACCAACAGUCUCCAAGCUUUGUGACCUUGCGGCUGGUUCGCCUCUCCCUCCCUCUCAAUUUCAGAAAUCGUUCCCUGAAGUUCCUCUUUGAAGGGACAGUGGCUGGCAUGAAGCGCCUUAGACACUGAAUGAGGGUUUUCAAACCGUGGUUUUCUGCCAUGCUCAAAAUUUGUUGAAUUGUAAAUCAUGUAAAAGCUGCUAAGAAGCAACCAGGAGCUAAAAACAAAAGCAUAUUACCCCCUCUUUAAAGAUGAGGCAAAAGCAGUCUGUCUCCAUGAAGUGAAUCAUUAUGAGACAUCAUUCAGAAAUAAUAACAUCAUUCAGCUAUGAACAGAUCCAACCUUUAGCCUAUUUAUCUCUUACUAUGGCUGAUCGCUUAUUAGCCUCCAUCACCACUGUGAAAAAUAAAGGACAUAAUUUAUCUACUGCUAAUGAAACAAGGGACAUUUGACAGUUACUAAAACAGUAACAAAGGGUACGGGGAUUUGUCCCUUUAUUGGCAUAUCCAAAGGUCGAGUUUUCAUUAAUUUCUCUAUGUUGCCUAAUUGUGCUCUCUUUUUUUUUUCUUCUUUUUUGUGGGUUGGGGCAAAGAUGAUAAAUCAAGUCAAAUCCGCUGCAGCAAGAUUAAGAGGGUCUGUACUCUACAUCCCUUUUUCUUUUUCUUUCUCCGCCGAACUUCACAGGACAAAAUGUUUGUAAGACAACAUUUCCCCCCAUAGCUUUUGCCUCAAAAAAGGAGAGCCAAUAAUUCUGGAGUUUGGGAGUCAUGAGGUCUAACUCGUGAAUAUGAAAAUUUGUACAGAAAAAAAUUUUGAAUCAAAAAAACUGUAAAUAUAAAGUGUAAAUAAAUCUGAUAUAUGACAAAUUGCUUUGAUUAAAGCGUGACAUGUGUCUCUGCUUUCUCAGAGUGAAAUUAUUUUGGGCUGUUAUGGUUGUGAAAUAAAUUGAGUGUAUAGAUAUUUUUGCAUUUUUAGUGAAGUAGUUUAAGGGAGACGGUAUGUUUGUUGCAGAAGUAUCUGGUGAAAUCUCAGUUGAAUUCAAGGUGUGCAGAGUUGAAGAACUAAAGACAAAACUGAAAUUUAUCUUUAUAACUGUUUUAGGCUUCAAUCUGCAGACUGGAGCAAGUAACUAAAGCUGCAUGCUCGUACAUCCAUGAGUGUUAAAUUUACCCCAGUAAAACACAAAUUUUAACUCUAACCUAAAUGGCCAAUGCUGCAGUAAUAUACUUACCAUCUGGAAACAAUCUAGUUUAAACAUAACCCUGAAAGUUAUGAUACUCAGUAAAACUAAAAUUGAGGUCAACAUGACCCAAACAAUAACUCACAGGUGUGGUGAGUGUCCUCUGGUAAUGACUCCUGAUUGCAAUCAGCUGGAUGGACUGGGUUUUUCCAACCCCUGCCUUCUGAUUGGAUGAGAAGCUUUUUUCUAUAUAUAUACUCACAGUUUCUUUGCAUUCUGCUUGAUGUACUUUCCUCUGAAGAAGUCUCAAAAGGUGGCAAAAUGUUAGGAGCUCUCCCUUUUCACUCUAAAGAUGUUUAAAAAGUAUAUAUUUUUUAAAAUAAUAAUAAUAAUAAUUAUUAUUUUUUUAAUAAUAAUAAUAUUGUAGUUGUUAUUGUUAUUGUAAUUAUGUUAUUAUUGUUAUUGCUGGGCAUUGAAGCAAAGAGAAGAAGUUGCAGUGCACACUUAAUCCACUUGGUGGUGCCACUGAUCCAGUUUUGAGAGAUUUAGCUUUGAAAGCAAAAUCUUAACUGCUGCUCAUGUGUUUGAUCUACACUCACCGGCCACUUUAUUAGGUACACCAUGUUAGUAACGGGUUGGACCCCCUUUUGCCUUCAGAACUGCCUCAAUUCUUCGUGGCAUAGAUUCAACAAGGUGCUGGAAGCAUUCCUCAGAGAGCUUGGUCCAUAUUGACAUGAUGGCAUCACACAGUUGCCGCAGAUUUGUCGGCUGCACAUCCAUGAUGCGAAUCUCCCGUUCCACCACAUCCCAAAGAUGCUCUAUUGGAUUGAGAUCUGGUGACUGUGGAGGCCAUUUGAGUACAGUGAACUCAUUGUCAUGUUCAAGAAACCAGUCUGAGAUGAUUCCAGCUUUAUGACAUGGCGCAUUAUCCUGCUGAAAGUAGCCAUCAGAAGUUGGGUACAUUGUGGUCAUAAAGGGAUGGACAUGGUCAGCAACAAUACUCAGGUAGGCUGUGGCGUUGCAACGAUGCUCAAUUGGUACCAGGGGGCCCAAAGAGUGCCAAAAAAAUAUUCCCCACACCAUGACACCACCACCACCAGCCUGAACCGUUGAUACAAGGCAGGAUGGAUCCAUGCUUUCAUGUUGUUGACGCCAAAUUCUGACCCUACCAUCCGAAUGUCGCAGCAGAAAUCGAGACACAUCAGACCAGGCAACGUUUUUCCAAUGUUCUAUUGUCCAAUUUCGAUGAGCUUGUGCAAAUUGUAGCCUCAGUUUCCUGUUCUUAGCUGAAAGGAGUGGCACCCGGCGUGGUCUUCUGCUGCUGUAGCCCAUCUGCCUCAAAGUUCGACGUACUGUGCGUUCAGAGAUGCUCUUCUGCCUACCUUGGUUGUAACGGGUGGUUAUUUGAGUCACUGUUGCCUUUCUAUCAGCUCGAACCAGUCUGGCCAUUCUCCUCUGACCUCUGGCAUCAACAAGGCAUUUCCGCCCACAGAACUGCCGCUCACUGGAUAUUUUUUCUUUUUCGGACCAUUCUCUGUAAACCCUAGAGAUGGUUGUGCGUAAAAAUCCCAGUAGAUCAGCAGUUUCUGAAAUACUCAGACCAGCCCUUCUGGCACCAACAACCAUGCCACGUUCAAAUUAACUCAAAUCACCUUUCUUCCC